UCCCGCCUGCGCCGCACCCCCUGACUCACUUCCUUUGCCCAGAAGCGGAAACCUGCCCAGAGCUCCCUCCCGCUGGGACACUCCCUGGGGACCCGCAGGUGUCGCUCCCCCCCCCCCCGCCGGGCCUGAGCUGGCCCCCUGAGACACCCCACCCCACCCGGGACCCCCACCCAGCGACGUGCUUUCCCCCGGCAGGCCCCGGCGUUUGGAGCAGGAGGGGCCCCCCGGCCAGGGCUGGGGCCGGCAGGGCCUGACCCGCAGCUACAGGGACGGCGACGUGCAUGCGGAGCACCGCCCCCGAGCCAUCAUGGACCGCGGCCAGCCCAGCCGGGAGUUCUUGGCCGGCGUCCCCCGCGCCCCGCGCCCCAGCGUGAUCGCGCCCGUGCGCGCCGUGCUCCGCCUGCGCCGCCGCGUGUGCCUCCUGCGCAAGCGGCGCCUCCUUCCGCCCGGCGCGGGGUCGACUAUCGCGGGGCCGGACGGGGGGCCCCGGGCGCCGCGCGCGGGCUCCGACCAGCCGCAGUUCUUCACCUUCGACAGCCCUGUGGAGCUGUCCUCGAGGGCACCGCGCAAGAGGCGCCGGCGCAGCCGCGUGGUGCUCUACCCCGAGACGUCGCGCAAGUACCUGCCGCGCGCCGAGCAUAAGAGCCGUGCGCAGCGCUGCCUGCUGCUGCUCGUGGCCAUCGUGGGCUUCCAGGUACUCAACGCCAUCGAGAACUUGGACGAUAACGCGCUGCGCUACGACCUGGACGGGCUGGAGAAGACGCUGCAGCGGGCCGUGUUCGGCCAGCCGGCCGCCGUGGGGCGCAUCGUGGAGCUGCUGCGGGAAUACCUGGCCACGCACGUGCACAGCCGCCCGCUGCUCCUGGCGGUGCACGGGCCCAGCGGCGUGGGCAAGAGCCACGUGGGCCGCCUGCUCGCCGGCCACUUCCGCGCAGUGCUCGACGACAGCGCGCUCGUGCUGCAGUACCACGCGCGGCACCACUGCCCCGAGCCACGCGCCGCGCAGGCCUGUCGCGAGGAGCUGGCGCGGCACGUGGCCGACGUGGUGGCGCGGGCCGAGGCGGAGGAGAAGACCCCGCUCCUGGUUCUGGACGAGGUGGAAUUCAUGCCGCCGGCGCUGCUAGACGAGCUGCACGGCCUCUUGCAGCCGCAGCGGCCCCACCACUUCCACAACGCCAUCUACGUGCUCCUCAGCAGCGCCGGCGGCGGCGAGAUCACGCGCUUCGUGCUGCAGAACGCGUCCCGCGCGCUGGCCGCGCGCCCUGGCGGUGGUCGCGGCGCACGGGCCGGGGUGGCUGCGGUUCAGGCCCAGGAGGAGCUGCGUGCCGGCCUGCGGGCGCUCCUGACCCGCGAGCACCCGCUUUGGAAGGUGGCGGCCAUAGUGCCCUUCCUGCUGCUGGAGAAGUGGGACGUGGUCAGCUGCUUCCGGGAGGAGAUGGCCGGGGAGGGCUUCUUUCCCGAGCAGGCCCAGGCCGAGCGGCUGGCUGCGCAGCUCAGCUACUACCGCGUCGCCGGGCGCGAGUUCGCCGUCACCGGCUGCAAGCAGGUGGUGGCCAAGGUGAACCUCUUGUAGCCGGGGCAGCUGGACGCUGUGGACACUAGGCCAGUUGUUUGGGAUGAUGGCGGCAGCAGGAGACAGCUGAAACUUGGACUCCCUCCAGGCGCCCAACAAAUCUGUGGCUGCCCCCACCCCAGCUCACACUCUUGAGCUGCAGAGGCUGGCGAGCACCGGACAAUGUGCUGUGGUCUGAGCUCCCCACUUCCAGUUUCAUUGCCCCCUGAGAGCCCCCAGUCUGUCCCUGGCAUGGCGGCCACCAUCCAGUCCCUAAUUGGGCCAAUAUUUCUCAGUGCCGGCUGUGUCCGCCAUGUUCCAGGCCCCAUCUGGUGAGUGCUCACGCCAUCCCAGGCAGUAGACAGGCCGUCCCCGUGGUACAGGGGAUGGUCUCAGGUGACUCAGUGGGUGAUUCUGUGAGGCGCUGCCGCAACCAUCACACCCACAGCGCCCACCCCCUGUAGCCCCCUGCUCAGCCCUGGGGAGGCCCAGAGGUGCUUCUCCAAUCUGUGGCCUCUUGGGCCGGGGAGCAGCCUUGCAGUGAGGUGUAUUUGGGGGUCUCCUGUGGAUGAACUGCUACAGCGUAUCAUCUGAAAGCACCAGAAGGAGGGCUCCUCCCAGGGUGAGAGUGGUAGGAGGUGAGCCUAAGUGGGGAGCCCUGACCUGGGCCACCCCCCUACCCCGGCCACAGUCCCCCCAGGGCCCCGAGCUGGGGGGUGCAUUCAGGUGCCCUGGGGCAGGGCAGGCCAGGUUUCUCCCCAGUGCUGGGCGGGUCCCCAGGCCUUCCGCUUCUGCUCCCCCCUCUACUCUAGAGAUGAGGUUGUGUGUGUAUGUGUGUGGGGGGGUCUACAGCCAUCAGUGACAACUGUGAGCCUCCUGGGCCUCUGCCCCACCGUGGAGGUGAAGCUGCAGCUGAGGCUAC